UCUCAUUCGCUGUUGUAGAUAUCUCUGUCGGCUUGCGUAGUGUACAGAGCCCUGUGCUCUGGAGGUCAUAUUACAAAUGAAAUGGAAAUUUCCCAAUUAUAUCCCACAAUUUCGCUGUGUGUUUAUGGGUUCUUUAGCAAUCUUAGACCCUCCGAACCUUUUCUGACUGCAUUUUUGAUGGGACCUGACAAAAACCUUACUGAAACAGAGGUUGUAAAUGAGAUCUACCCAAUAUGGACGUACUCCUAUCUCGUCCUCCUCUUCCCCGUCUUCCUGGCCACGGACUACCUCUGCUACAAGCCUGUACUGAUUCUCCAGGCGACCAGCUUUGUGGUGACCUAUGCUAUACUUUUAAAGGCCCAGGGUGUGAUGGCCAUGCAGCUCCUGGAGUUCUUCUUUGGCCUGGCCACUGCCACCGACGUUGCCUACUACGCGUAUAUCUACAGUGUGGUUGAGCCUGCUCAGUACCAGAGAGUGACGGGCUAUUGUCGAAGCAUCACCUUGUUGGGCUCUGCAGCUGGCUCCUUGGCCGGCCAGAUCCUGGUGUCCGUGGGUCAGGUCGCCCUCCUCUACCUCUGUGUCAUCACACUGGUGUCAUCCGUACUUGCUUUUAUAGCUCCGUGGUUUCUGCCCAUGCCCAGUAAAAGCUUGUUUUUUCAUCUCAACUCUGGAGCUAAGGAGAGGGUGAAAUCAGGACACCUUGAUGGCCAGAAGCACCUUGAUAAAGCAGAAGACACAGAGAGAGUACCUCUUAAAAUGAAUGAUGUUGUCAUGGUCACAAAGACUAGCGAUGAUUCGAGCAACAGCCUUGUGGAUGUGUUGAGAAUUCUAUGGAAGGACUUCCUGCAAUGCUACUCUUGCCCAACCCUCCUGGCGUGGUCGGUUUGGUGGGCGCUAGCUACAUGUGGCUACUUCCAGGUCAUCAACUAUGCCCAGGCCCUGUGGGAGAAGGUGCUGCCAUCCCAGGAGUUUGAGAUCUACAAUGGAUAUGUUGAGACGGUCUCCACCUUGUUGGGUGCCUCGGCGGCCUUCGGGGUGGGCUUUGUGAAGAUCUCCUGGGCGGUGUGGGGGGAGCUAUCUCUCUGCAUCUUCUCUGUUGUGAUGGCCGUGGCAAUGUACGUCAUGGAUACCGUCAGGAACAUCUGGGUGUGCUACAUCUCCUACAUUGUCUUCAGAGCUACCUACAUGCUGCUCAUCACCAUCGCCACGUACCAAAUUGCUGUCAAUCUGAGUAUGCAGAGAUACGCCCUUGUGUUUGGAGUAAACACCUUCAUUGCUCUACUACUCCAGACGCUGCUGACUCUGGUGGUGGUGGAUACUGCUGGGCUGGGCCUAGAUGUUUUUACGCAGUUCCUUGUCUAUGCCGGCUACUUUACAGUAAUCGCAGUGGUAUUCUUUCUGGCUGGUCUUUAUAAAUUGGUAUCCAAGAGAUGCUCCAAAACAGAUGGAGAGACCAACAUUAAGGAUUCAGACUCCCUCAGUAGAGACUCCCCACCCAUCUCUGAGCAGCUGCCACAGAUCCCAGAUACAUGACUUCCUGUAUUUGGCAACACUACGAGGAGGAACACGCACUGUGCCUGUAUACCUUAUGCUGUUUUCUUCUCAAGCACACGAUCAGGGGUCUCCAACUCGGGUCCUGGGGAGCUACCAUCCUGUACACUUUCAAUUCAACUGCAAAUAAUAUAUCCUCAUUCAGCUCAUCAUCCAGCUAAUAAGUGGAAUCAGGUGUGCUAAAUUGAGGUUGAAGUGAAAACAGUGUGGGUGGUAGCUCUCCAGGAACAGGGUUGGAGACCCCUGCCUAUAGAUCUAGCUGGUCAGAAAUGUGUGUAAAAAAAUAUCUGUCAAGAUAUGAUAUGAAUGCCUAUAUUUAGGAAAUUGUAUUAUUAGUCGCACAAAGAAAGACAUUUUGUUUUUGUACUGAUUUAUUACAAAUUGAUGUCUAAAAAUGUAUUUGUUUAAGAUGCACUUGUCAAUCCAUCAUCUAUAUGAUGAUUCUACUGCAAACACUAAGUUCAUUCAUGAGCAGCGUCUCAUUAAAAACCACUGGAUUUAUAUAGGCCUAACAGAUGAGCACAUGUAUGUACUGAUGUAGACCUAUAGUAUUAAUUUAUGUCAGCAAGGAUUUUAUUGAAGCAGUGGUCGUUCUUCUUUUUUGAAGCAGUGGUCGGUUUUCUUUUUAUCAGAAAAAAAUGAGUACAAACAUAAGUAUUACGGUUAGGUUAAAUAAGGAUAACAUGAUAAUCUUCGAUUGAAUUAUAUAAAUAAUAUGAUGAAAGUGCAUAUCGCAAUGUGUGAAAGACGCAGUUAGACUACAAAUCAAAGACAAAAACGCUUCAAUUACAAAGAUACCAAAACAUUGUGUUGUACUAUGCGGUCACCGAUUAAUGUUGUUAUGAUAACGUCUUAAUGUAAUGUUGUGCCAAAUAUAAAGAUAAGUCAAUUGCUGUGCAAUGCUUAUAAUAGGCUUAUUAAUAAUAAAAGGUUAACGUAGGUUAAGUUUAAAUUAACCAUUUUGGACAUGUGGCUUGAUACUCCAAAUAGCCUGAAUAUUGCAUCAAUCAAUAUUCUAAAACGCAGCUUUGUAAAUUAGGAAAUUAUGUUAUCUUGCGAGCUGAGACUUGUGUCUGUCCAUUUUAAUAAUUUCAAGUGUACUCUCAUAACAAUAAAUAGAAACAACAAACAAAACAACUCUUUGUAGCUUUAUACCUUCAUAAUUUCUUUAUUUGACUCAACUUGAGAAAACAGCGUGUUUUUUGUUUGUAUACGUCAAUAAUUAUGAUAUUGUAUGGUAUGUUCAUGAAUUUUAUAAUAAAAAGAAACGUGCACUGUAUAUUGUCAGCCAUCAAAUUGAGGCAGGUUUUAAUUUUCUUAAACUAGUCUGAAUUACAAGGUGUUGUCAAUGUGUUGUUACUUGUUUAUAAAGCUUUACGGAUUGGCUCCAUUGUAUAUUUCAAAUAUCCUUAUGUUGUAUCACACUUCCAGGCUCCUUAGAUCAUCGAACCAGUUCCUUCAAGCCAUUCCACCGACUCGGAUGAAAACAAAAGAUGAUCGUGCCUUUUCAGUUGUGGCCCCUAGUCUGUGGAAUGGCUGCCCAUUUUUUUCAGGUCAUCCCCCAUCACCGAGACAUUCAAGUCACGUAUUUUUAUUAUUUGGCUUUAGAGUCAGGUGAGGAUCACUCGUGCUAAAUUGUUUUGUUUGUUGUUUCUAUUUAUUGUUGUUUGCCUUAUUUGAUAACUUUGUACAGCACGUGGGUGUUUUUAAAUAUGCUUUAUAAAUAAACUGACUUGACUUGAUUUGGCUAGUCUGA